AUGACUACCCUCCCCCCUCUCCCCGCAAAGCACUCGGCUUUCAUCCAGCAUGUUACUGGUCGUCCAUCUACUCCGAUAACUGAGCUUGUGAGGCCAUAUAAUGAGUACGACGCGGCUGUACGCAAGAUUUACGCCCAAGAGCCACUCCAUCCCGCCGUUGCAGAUAAUCUCCUCAAUGUCGUGCCACUCUUCGACUCCAAUGGCUCAACAGAUCUCCGCAUUCGCUCUCGCGAUCUUGCUUCGGAGUCUGAAGCCACCAAGUCAAAAUAUCUUAUGCCCCUGAAGGAUGACGAUCGGAAACCGUCUGGCGCCCCUGCAGUUGUCUCCAGCCUUAGGGACUUCCAGACCCACUUCAACAUCUUCUGCGAGAGCUCGUUAUCCGACCUGGACUGGAAUAAUGUCGUCGCUGCCGGAAGUGCAGUGGCAACUUCGAUUCUCCCUGUUCCUGAUAAAUACAAUGAUUCUAAGCGUGGCCUGCGCCAGUUCUAUCACGAGAUCUUUGCUCCGGCAUCAGAUGUCGAUCUCUUUCUUUAUGGCCUAACAGAGGAACAGGCCAUUGAGAAGAUCAAGCAAAUUGAACGGUGUAUCCGAGAUUCUAUUCUUACAGAGGUAUCAACCAUUCGGACCAAGAACGCCAUUACCAUUGUAUCUCAAUACCCAACCCGCCAUGUCCAGAUCGUUCUGCGUCGGUACAAGUCUAUUGCUGAGAUCCUCACCGGGUUUGACGUGGAUUGUUCCUGCGCGGCGUACGACGGUAAACAAGUCUAUCUGGCUCCCCGUGCGAUUGGGGCAUACAUGACCCAGAUAAACCAGGUCGAUCUCUCCAGACGAUCUCCGUCCUACGAAAACCGCCUGUCCAAGUACUCGCACAGAGGUUUUGAAGUGUUCUGGCCGGGCCUAGAUCGUUCUCGAAUUGAUCCAUCUAUCUUUGAGCGCAGCUUUACAAGAACAGUAGGACUGGCGCGUCUUCUAGUCCUGGAAAAGUUGCCGAAAUCCUAUGAUCGCGAGCAGUAUCUCACCCAGCGACGCAGAGAGCGUGGCCGACCCGCACCUAAUAGAUACUACCGGCCGACGGGUCCCAGAGGAGAUAUCAAAAAUGAUUGGCAGGACGAGGUUGCGGAAUGGGUUGAGGAGGAUGAAGUAUCGGGCUACCAUACUUUUACAAUUCCCUACGGCCCGAAGUUCCACGCUCGCAAGAUCGAAAAAUUGCUGUAUACCAAGGACUUGCUUCUCAAUGCAGAGUGGAAUAAACCUAAAGACCGCGAGGUCCAUUUACACCGACACCCUGCGUUCUUUGGCAGCACCGAGGAUGUGAUGCAUGACUGCUGUGGAUACUGCCCAAAGCCAGUCACCGCGGUUGAAGAGGAAGUUGCAGCUGAAGAGAGCAAGAUUUAUAUUUCAGGAGACAUCUCAUUCAUAAGCGAUAAUCCUGGUCGGCAGGAGAUUGGCAGUUUCAAUCCGAUCACGGAUACUGACUGGACAGAAAUGGCGUACAUUGGAAACACAGCUGGUCUUUGCCAAGCGAUUGUUGACAACGACUUUGAAGAAGUGAAACGCUGGCUGGCGGAUGGUGACUUUGAUGUGAAUCGACGGGAUCACACUGGCCGCACGCCACUUCAUUUGGCUUGUAUGGUAUCCGAACCCGAAAUUGUUCAACAUUUGGUCGAUAAUGGGGCUCGUCUGAUUGCUCGUGUGGCGGAUGGACGCACCGCCUUGCAUCUGGCGGCUGCGCGCGGAAGUGUUGAGAUCGUUCGCAUUCUCCUUACAAAGAGCGAACAGAAUGAAGAAGAGGAAGCAAAAAUGGAAGAUUCCCGCAAGAAGGCUUCCAAAAGGAAGGAAGGCAAUGCCUCACAAGAGGACAGCGAUGAAGAGAUGGUUGAUAUAUCAUCAGGAGAUGACGAUGACGACGUGUACGCCCAUUCCAACACUACAGGAUCAUUUGUCAAGGUGAAGAAGGAACAAGGAGAAGAACCCGAGUCUAUUGUUCCAGACGAUGCUGGCGAUCUCGACCCUGAUAUCUACGACGUCAAUGUCGUGGCUUGGGACAACAAAGCCUCGCCGCUACACUUGGCAAUCUUGAAAGGUCAUGUUGCCGUAGUUGAGGAGUUGGUAUCCUCCUUCGGUGCUGACGUUCUGCUCCCUAUAAAAUUGGUGCACAGUUACAACAACUCCCCAAGAGCUGCCAUUCUAACACUAGUCCUUGCUCUCCGACUUCCCAAAGAGUCCGGAAAGGCUAUGGUCGAGAAGCUCCUCCAGGUGGGAGCAUCACCAGCUCAAGCUGAUAUCAGCCACAAAACGGCGUUGCACUAUCUCUCGCAUUAUGGCCAUCCCGAGAUCCUGAGUAUGUUCAGCAAAUACGACGAGCCUGCAGUUGACAGGGCGAUCAAUCACUUAACCGCGGUGGAUGCCUACCAGCGGUACCCGGCGGAGACUCCUCUGACAUAUGCCAUUUCUAUUAAAGACCGUGCUAAAACCAGAAGGCUUCUUGAAAUGGGUGCCCAUCCCGCAAUUAGUCUGGAAGAUUACGUCAAAGCAACUCAAGCAUCAGGUAAAAGCUGGGCCACUAAUCAGUCAACGGAGCAAAACAAGGCCCGGUUUGAGGAGUCCAUUGUCCAGCCUGUGAUUUCAUCUCUAGAUAAGGAUAUGCCAUUAAUCACCAUUGAACUUCUUGCGCGUGGUGCAGACCCGAAUACUCUCACACCAGACGGAUACAAGGUCCUCCAUAAUGGCAAUUCUAGGACCUCUACGAUUGGUACAUCCUUGCUCGACUAUGUCCAUGCAAAGCUGAAGGGUCUGCGCGGUUACAGUGAUGAGAAAGCUCUUUCCCCGCCAGCCGGGUUGGAUCCGGAUGACAGCGCAUACCUCGACAACUUCAAUGACGGAAGCUACCAGAUGUGGGUCGCGAAAGAGAUGCUCCGACAAAGAAGAGAGCAACUUGCCCGCGAACAGAAGAUAUAUGAUGAAGAGGUAGCGUCCAGGGGUCGGACCGAAGGCCUGGCAAAGAAGAAGGCUGUCAUACAGACCGUACUUGCCGAAUAUGAAAAGCUGGAAGCGGAUUUGCUUUCUAGAGGCGCUAAAACCUUCAAAGAGCUACAUCCUGACAUUCAGCGCCCGGUUCAUUCUCCUCGUAACCAGCCUCUUGAUCAGUCUUAUAAGUCCAAGGUGCAGCCAUUCAAGAUCACCUUAGACUUCCGCGCACAGAACUGCACUGAUGAGCAGAAGGAAGGCUAUUUUCAAUUAUUCGAAGCCGCUUGGACAGGUGACGUGGAAACGAUAAAGUCCCUCACCUUGUCAACCUGGGGGCCUAACAAAGAGUAUCUGCCCCUUGAGAUUGGUGUCAGAGAUUUACGUGAAUACACAGCUUUCACGAUUGCUGUCCUACGUGGCCACCUGGAAACCGCAAAGACCAUCCUAGCUAUAUCAAUUGCUCAAUUCAAGCCCAAUGAACAGCGAGAUAAUACCCGGUACCGAAUCAGGGCGGAAUACUCUGAUGACGAGGACGAUUCGUAUUACUCCGAUGCAGAUUCUGAAGGCAUCCAGCUUGAGUCUCAUGUUAUCGAUGACGAAUUCACUUUUGAGAAUGUUGGCGAGGUUAAGAAUCAAGUUGAGAGCAAGAUCGCUCCGCUGAGUAUAUUGGCGGGAACAUGCAAUAUGGCCCUCUUUUUCGAUAAGGAACAACGCCCAGAGACGGAUAUUAGGAGUCUGAUUGGAUACGCUGUUUGGAAGGAUGAUGUUGAACUCCUGAAGCUGUUAAUUUCGAUGGGUGAGGAAAUACUUUCCAGGCAGAAGGAUGCGCAGAAGUCUUCGAUUUACAACAUCCUUCACUCUGAUUUUGUCAUGGCAAUGCGUCUCGGCCGUCUCCGGUGCUUGGAAGAGAUGAUUAAAAGAAGCGGUGCUGGGCUCCCCCUUGACAAGCUCGCAGAGGAAAGCAAGGUUGAGGUCAAGGAAACGCCCAAAUACUACCAAGGUCUUUCGGUCCAUGGGAAGAAGCGUGCUGACUGGGCCGCUGCUGGUAGAGGUGUGCCAGUGACGCGAUCAAUCCAAAUGAGUCCUCCCCUGCUGCUCGCGGCUAGAGAGGGUAAUCUCGCAGCUGUGGAGUGGUUCUUAGGUACAGCACCUGGCCGACACUAUACCGAGUUUGCCAGGGCUCACAAAAAGGAUGCGAGACUUAAGAAGCUUUCCAUGUCCGAUAAAGGAAUGGAGAAGUCAAUCCUUGACUGGCUGGACUCUCGGCGCGACCUGGUCUUGCACUGUGCCAUCCUCUCCAAAUACACCGAGGAGUCAGGACGCUUGGUUGAAUAUCUGGUCGACAAUAUGCCUCAUUGCCUUGAGAUCAAGUCCGACGACGAAUACACGCCUCUCGCUAUUGCAUUUUACACCCACAAGUUUGAGUUCGCCAAAACGCUCAUCUCAGCCGGAGCUAACCAAACCGUGCGUGCUUUCGAGGGGAAGAAUCUCAUGCAUCUCACCAUAGCACCCUCAUUGGGGCCAAAGUUCAUGCGCCUCGAUGACAUGUUAAGCCUGAUAGACCCACGUCUUAUUCCCUCGAUGUUCGUCGAGCGUUGCGCCUCAGAGCCAGGGUCCCUCACCCCACUUGCCCUUUGGAUGACCAAAUGCCGGGGCUGGGGCGGAGACUUGCGCGCCAACUUUCUCAAAACCAUCCUUGGUCUCGCUGAGUCCACAGGCCAAAGACAUCUCGAACUACUUGAUGGAUCCGGAAACACUGUGCUCCACAACGCAGUCAAUGGACUCGAUGGCGUAGCACUGAAGUCAUUCCUCGACUCUCGGCCUGACUUACUGCACCGCGAAAAUGCAGUUGGAGCCACGCCCGCCGAGCUCGCUGAGAAUAAAUGGAUUGCGAAGAUGACCGACGGCCCACCUCAGGGUCCGUCGCGGACGAAUGAUGAUAAUUGGAGGUACUAUAACCGCAGCAAAGACCUAUCCUCGGUGCGGGUUGUCCAUAGAGCACCUAACGACUUUCUUGAGAAACAGUCUAAUAGAGCUAAUUGGGCGGAGCGAGAUAUUUAUAACCUUUGCAAGCCUAAGGUUGAAGAAGAGAAGAGCACGAAGAGGAAGCUUGUGAGCUUGUUCGAUGCAAAUGAGGUGGCAAAGAGAUUGGCACUUGGUCGCAGCUAUCGGAGAGGAUAUAAUAAUAGGGAUGAAGUGGCACAGUGGCUCUGA